AUGCCGAUACCUGACAACGACAUGAGGAUCCGCCUCAAGGCAACGGCGUUCGUCAUCUACUACCAUACCGACCUAACCAAGGCGCGUCAAUUUCUCCUCGACUUCGGACUGUCCAUCGCGCGAGAAGAUCCCCAAAACCAGAUCUUCUUCAAAGGGUAUGGCGUGGAGCCCUUUGUAUACAUCGCACGUCAAGCCGACGGCAAGAGCAGUUUCGAAGGAGCAGCAUAUGAAGUGGAGAGCCACCAUGUCUAUCUCAUUCAUGGUCAACAAAAGAAGGAGGCCGAACCGCCAGCUCUGAAGAAGCUGGUCGUCAAUUACGAGGACGAAAAGCCACGAAAGGGCAAAUUCCAGCGCUUUGAGCUCGGCCCAGCUCCCGUUCAUCGCUGGGGUCACUACGGUGUGACAUAUCCAGAUGGCGCGUAUCAACAGAUGUAUGACUGGUACACCAAGACUCUCGCUCUCGCUCCAUCGGAUAUCGUUUACAAAGACGAUAAGCCCAUCACAUGCUUCUUCCAUAUCGAUCGUGGUUUGGAGUACACAGAUCACCAUGCCUUCUUCUUUAAGCGGGUCAAACCGGACUAUGAACCUACUGUUGCGCAUUCUGCGUUUGAGACCCAUGACUUCGACGUCGAGCAUUUGGGCCAUGACUAUCUUGAGUCGAAAGGAUACGAGAGUUGUUGGGGUGUGGGAAGACAUGUCCUCGGAAGUCAAGUCUUUGACUACUGGUUUGAUACCAGCGAGUUCAUAUUGGAGCACUAUGCGGAUGGCGAUUUGGUCAAUGCUGAGACGGAGGUAUCGCACGUUCCUGCUGGGCCACAGGCGCUCAAGAUCUGGGGGCCACCUAUUCCGGGCGUGUUUUAG